AGUAUCUCCAGUGGAACAUUUUCCGUCGGCCUGGUCUCAUGUCCGUGUUUACAAGUGAAGCGUGACGUUCACGGACUGCCAAAAAUACGUUAAUAACGCAACUCAACGCGGUUACUUGGCUCUAAUAAUGUUCAAAAUGCAGUCACUGAAAGCUUUUCUCAACGACAGACUGACAGCAGCAGCGGAGGAGAUAUUUGGAGCUGUUGAAAAGACAAUAGCCGAGUACAAAGAGGAGAUUUGCCGUUGUAAGGAUUUGGAAAUCAGUCGUCUCAGGUUGCAGCUGAAGCUUCUCAAAUCAGAUCCCAAGGUAGAAAGAUGCUUUGGAGCCCUGCCGCAGCAGCACACCCAUCCCCACCACCAUCAUCACCCCCCUCCGCAGCAGCAGCAGCAGCAGCACCAUCAGUCAGUUCCUGCAGUGGAGGCUCCCGAACCUCAGCACUGUGAGGAGGACGGUGGCAGCAGCUCGGAGCAGGAGCAUCCAGAGCCCUCACAGGUCAAGGAGGAGCAGCAGAAUAGCCACAGAGAUUUCUGGAAGGGUCACGAUGCAAAGCAGCUUAAAGGUCUUAAAUCAGACAUAAAAGACUUCAUCUCAUCUCCUUCCAGUCUGAAAACUAGUCUGCAGGGCCACACCUUACCAUUCCACCCCUACCACGUCAACAACAACAGCGAGGAGAGUAAAGAGAAACCCUACAGCUGCUCUGUUUGUGAAAAGCGUUUCAGUAACUGUUCCCACCUGGCAGCUCACAUCAGGACCCACACAGGGGAAAGGCCAUACAGAUGUGAAAUAUGCAGAAAGACAUUUAUCACAACAAGCGCUCUGAACAGACACCAGACCAUCCACACUGAGGGGAAACACUUUGUGUGUAGUUAUUGUGAGAAAUCCUUUAAAUGGAUGGAGUCUCUUGGAAGACAUAUGAGAAGUGUUCACAAGAGGGAGAAUAUGCCUGUAUGACCUUCUGUAGUGGGACAGUGAAAUUUCUCUUGUCCAGUAGAUCAAAUAUAUUGUUAUUAUAUGUUGUUAUUACAUGUGUCAUCUAUUAUUUAAUUAUAAAACACCAAAUAGUUGUUAACAAAGAAUGUAAUGUUUGUUUUCUUGUCUAGUUGAGAAUUAUGUUGGAAAAUGUGCAUGGACCUUAUUAAGCCUUGUGUAAACACUAACUGCGGUAAAUUAUGUGCAAAUAAAUUGUAAGACUCACUGACAU